CGGCGGGGAAGCGGCCUGGGUUGGCCCUCCGGUUGCGGGGUCGUGGGGGCGUCACGCCGGGUACCCCCGGCCCGCCUACAACGCCUUCCCCGGGCCAGAGCAAUGGCCUCCGAGAACAGCAAGCAGUUUUGGAAAAGGAACGCCAAGCUGCCGGGGAGCAUCCAGCCUGUGUAUGGAGCACAGCACCCUCCUCUGGACCCUCGACUCACCAAAAACUUCAUUAAAGAACGAUCAAAAGUCAGUGGAGUUCCUCUGAAGAAUAAGAAGACCUCCAGUUUUCAUGAGUUUGCCCGGAAUACCAGUGAUGCUUGGGACAUUGGCGAUGAUGAGGAAGAGGACUUUUCCUCACCUUCUUUCCAAACUUUGAACUCAAAGGUUGCUUUGGCAACUGCAGCCCAGGUCCUGGAAAACCACAGCAAGCUGAGGGUGAAACCAGAACGGUCCCAGUCAACAACAUCCGACGUUCCUGCCAGCUACAAGGUCAUAAAGUCCAGCAGUGAUGCCCAGCUGUCCAGAAACUCCAGUGAUACAUGCCUGAGGAACCCUCUUCACAAACAGCAGUCACUCCCUCUCCGACCCAUCAUCCCCCUUGUUGCCCGGAUCUCGGACCAGAAUGCUUCUGGGGCUCCCCCGAUGACUGUGCGGGAGAAAACUCGCCUAGAAAAGUUCCGGCAGCUUCUCUCCAGCCACAGCACUGACUUAGAUGAACUGAGGAAGUGUAGCUGGCCAGGGGUUCCCAGGGAGGUUCGACCUGUAACCUGGAGACUCCUGUCGGGCUAUCUCCCAGCAAACACUGAGAGGAGGAAGUUGACCCUACAGCGGAAGCGGGAGGAAUACUUUGGCUUCAUUGAGCAGUAUUAUGACUCUCGAAAUGAAGAACAUCACCAGGAUACCUACAGACAGAUUCACAUUGACAUUCCAAGGACGAAUCCUCUCAUUCCGUUGUUCCAACAGCCACUUGUACAGGAGAUCUUCGAACGAAUUUUAUUUAUUUGGGCCAUCCGACACCCUGCCAGUGGGUAUGUCCAGGGAAUUAAUGACCUGGUCACUCCGUUCUUUGUCGUCUUCCUCUCAGAAUAUGUGGAAGAGGAUGUGGAGAACUUUGAUGUGACCAACUUGUCUCAGGACAUGCUGCGAAGCAUUGAAGCUGACAGCUUUUGGUGCAUGAGCAAGCUGCUAGAUGGAAUCCAGGAUAACUACACCUUCGCACAACCGGGGAUCCAGAAGAAGGUCAAGGCUCUGGAAGAGCUUGUCAGUCGAAUUGAUGAGCAGGUACAUAAUCACUUCAGGAGGUACGAGGUGGAAUACCUACAGUUUGCCUUUCGUUGGAUGAACAAUCUGCUUAUGCGGGAGCUUCCCCUUCGCUGCACCAUCCGCCUGUGGGACACGUACCAGUCUGAACCAGAAGGGUUCUCCCACUUCCAUCUCUAUGUGUGUGCAGCCUUCUUGAUCAAGUGGAGGAAAGAGAUCUUGGAUGAGGAGGACUUUCAGGGUCUCCUUAUGCUGCUACAGAACCUACCUACGAUACACUGGGGCAACGAAGAGAUCGGGCUGCUUCUCGCAGAGGCGUACAGACUCAAGUACAUGUUUGCCGAUGCCCCCAAUCACUACCGCCGAUAGGUGCUGUCUCCCCGUGGGGACCCAGACUGCCCCCAUCUCUGAUGGCAAUCUGAUCACUGUGGCCACUGUGCAAGCUGUGGACCCCGGCCAGGAACCACUCCUGCUGUAAAAAGCUCACACCCGCCGCCCAGGUCUGAACUUUUGGCGUGCCUGUCCACCACUCCAUGUUUCUGAAUGUGUCUCUUGGACCACUAUCAGUAUUCCAUGCCAUGUGGAUGGGCCCAGCUCUGGGAAAGGACAGAAAAGGAGGUACAGGGUCGUCUGCCCCUCUAAAAGAAACUGGACAAAAGAAGGGGAAGGCUCAGGGUCUCAACUCACAUUGUCCCUACAUGGACUGGCUGUCUCUCACCUCCCAGCCCAACUGAUACCAUUGCUCUUUGUGACAUAGUUUGAUUUGAUCACAGGUCAAAAACACCUUAUGUUUAAGAUUCUUGGCCCUUCCCUUUCUUCCCUAGACUGAGCCAGUGCUGUUAGAUGGAGGAGGCACUAAUGCUUGUAACUCUGGGAAGGGCUAGGAAUUUUAUUUUUUCUUUUCUCACCAGAUCUGUGUGUAUGUGUGCAUGUGUAAGCACGCGCACAUACACACCUCUCAGCAUUUAGGUAUGUGUCUAAACUUCUGUGUCCAGACUAGCCCCACAAAAACCAUCUGGGAAGGGACCCAGCGACCAGGUGUCUAAAUGUCCCUUGAGAAGGAUCAGGGCAGGGGAGGGAGGAGGGUCUUUUUACCUCUCCAAAUCCUUCUUCCAUGAUGACCCACUCCAAGAUAUUAUGUGUAAAUUGUGUUAUUAUGUAUAUGGGUAAAGAUGUACAAAUAUAUGUCUUCUUUGUAGCAGAUAUGAUUUUAUAUUUAUAGUGUGCAUCAACAUGUGAAAGCAGUCUAGGUCACUAGCACAGAUAAAGUUACCAGGCCAGCAGCUUCAGCAACUCCAGGUUGGUCUGUGGGUGCCCUGCUGUGAAGGGAGCGAAUGGGAGUCUGCUGGAGUCAGCAUGGCUUGAGCAGAUGCAGCUGCUCUUAAAAGCAACAUCAAUGUCUCAAGAGUUUUUCUCUUCCCCUUUCUUCUCACUCCUCCCUGGGCCUUUCUGGAGCAUCUGCCCUGCUCCCUCUCCCUCUAAAGCAAAAGAGGGCGUGAAGACAGAGCUCUCUACCCUCACCCCUCGCAGCCUCCCGGAGAGGGGACUGCAGCAGCAGAUGCCCUUUCUCCAUGUUUUUAGCUUCUGCCUUUUCCCAGAAUCUGGAGAGAGCUUUUGUUUUUACAUUUUUUAAGUCAGCGUUUUAUUCAGA